AUGAAUAAUAAGAGACAUUUCGUCUUGGUUCAUGGAGCAUGCCACGGAGCAUGGUGUUGGUACAAGGUCGUUCCUCUAUUGAAGUCUUCCAGACAUAAAGUCACAGCAUUAGACAUGGCUGCUUCUGGAGUCCAUCCAAAACAAGUGCAUGAUCUGGAUUCCAUUGAAGAUUAUUAUGAACCGUUGAUUCAAUUUCUAAGAUCAUUGCCACAAGAGGAGAGGGUUAUCCUUGUAGGUCAUAGCUAUGGUGGGAUUUGUAUAUCUGUGGCUACGGAGUUAUUCCCAAAGAAAAUAGCAGUUGCUGUAUUUGUUGCAUCUAGAGUGCCUUCUCCUGAGCUAGGCUUCGAGACUGCACGCAAGGAGGGUUCCAAUUUUGAAUCAAAGAUUAUAUUGGACGAUAGCUCAAAUAAUAAAUCAAAUGGAUCCAUACUACAUGAGCCAGAAUUCAUAGCAUCCCAUAUGUAUCAACUAUCUCCACCUGAGGACUUUUCUCUUGCAAUGUUAUUAUUAAGGCCUAUUCGUACAUUUGGUGAUCAAGAACUAUUUCGAGAGAAAACAAGGGUCUCAAAAGAGAAUUUUGGAGCUGUUGCAAAAGUUUGCAUUGUGUGUCAACAAGACAAAUUGUCAAAGUAUGAUUUUCAAAUGUCAAUGAUUGAACAAAAUCCUGUGAAUGAUGUCAAAGUGAUUGCUGAUGCUGAUCACAUGGCCAUGUUCUCUAAACCUCAAGAGCUUUUUGCAUAUUUUCAAGAAAUUGCAGAGACAUAUUAUUAG